CCCGUCCUCUCCGCACUUUGAUUGGCUGCGCUGCGUUCUGUUUGUUGUGAGGAGACGGAGGCCGCCAUCUUGUUAGCACUGAUUAGUCAAUCUGUUACAGUUCCCGGUACCGACCGGGCAGCAAACACUAACGGAACGGGAACGGGAAUCCUGGAAGCGAUAGGAUUAUUGUACAUCGGACGAGUUGUGACAGCAGUGCUGGAUUAAACCUGCCCCGCACGGCGCUGUGUGUCCCGUUUUCACGGCUCUGGCGGAAGGAUGAACGGAGGAUAAAUGGUGCCCAAAGCGGACAGCGGCACUUUCCUCCUGCUCUUUCUACUCGUGCUCACCCUGACUGAGCCGCUGCGGCCAGGUUCACGAGUAGUUCUGGCAAGACUGCAAUCAGAACUGCGCUGUACGCCGGGGCAGUUUGCUUGUCACAGUGGCACCAUCCAGUGCAUUCCAUUGCAUUGGCAGUGCGAUGGAUGGCCGACGUGUGAGGAUGAGAGUGAUGAAAUAAACUGUCCAGGUCUUGUUGGAGACCAGCGGGCGUUUCAUGGAAAGGAUAAUGUAGACACACGACACAGCCGUGGCAAGAGUGGCGAAACCCCUCGCUUUCACACAGUUAACCUAGCCCAACCAGUUCGCUUCAGCAGUUUCCUAGGAAAAUGCCCAACAGGAUGGCAUCAUUACGAGGGAACAUCCAGCUGCUACAAGGUUUACUCUGCAGGGGAAAACUACUGGGAUGCCGUGCAGACCUGUCAGAAGGUAAAUGGUUCACUGGCUACGUUUACAACCGACCUGGAGCUGAAGUUCAUUCUUGCUCAGGAGUGGGACAUGGAGGAGAGGCCAUUUGGAAGGAAGGAUCAACGCAGAUUAUGGGUUGGAUACCAGUUUGUGAUCACUAGCAGAAAUCAUUCUGUGGAGGGGCACUGGGAGGUAGCGUAUAAAGGUUCUUCAGAGGUAUUUUUACCUCCAGUACCCAUCUUUGGAACUGCAAUGUCUGAAAAUGAGAAUAUUCUAUGUGCUCAACUACAGUGUUUCCAUUUGCCAUCUCUGCGGCACCAUGGCCUUCAUAGCUGGUAUGCUGAGAACUGCUAUGAAAAGUCCUCCUUCCUUUGCAAACGCAGUCAGACAUGUAUUGACAUCAAGGAUAACAUUGUGGAUGAGGGUUAUUACUUCACACCAAAGGGUGAUGACCCAUGCCUAAGCUGCACGUGUGGCAAUGGUGAACCAGAAAUGUGUGUAGCUGCCCUGUGCGAGCGACCACAAGGCUGUCAACAAUAUCGCAAAGAUCCCAAGGAGUGCUGUAAUUUCACAUGUCUUGAUCCAGAUGGAAACAGCCUGUUUGAUUCCAUGGCAAGUGGCAUGCGCCUGAUCGUGAGUUGCAUCUCCUCCUUUCUUAUACUCUCACUUCUGCUUUUCAUGGUGCAUCGUCUGAGACAGAGGCGCAGGGAACGCAUAGAGUCUCUAAUUGGAGCAAACCUUCAUCACUUCAACCUGGGCCGGAGGAUGCCAGGAUUUGACUAUGGACCUGAUGGAUUUGGCACUGGUCUCACACCUCUUCACCUGUCAGAUGAUGGUGAGGGUGGAGCCUUCCACUUUCAUGAGCCACCUCCUCCCUAUACAGCUUACAAGUACUCUGACAUCCAACAUCCAGAUGAUCCUCCUCCUCCCUAUGAAGCAUCAAUUAGCCCAGAUAUCAUUUUGUGCUCAACACCUGACCAAGUGACUCAUCAGUCUGCAGUUCUGGGACAGCUUUCCACUGCAAGCAGCAGUAAUGCCUCAUCGCCCCAAACCACUGAGGAACCACUGCCUCAGACAGUACCACUUGUUCAGCCUCCAGGUGAUGCAGAAGACUCUGAAGAUGGCAGCACCUCCCUGCUGGUUCCACCCAAUACCCUCCAGAGUGAAGCUUUCUCUAGUGAUGGUCAAAGGUGUCUGUCACCCAGCAGCUGUUCUCUCAACACUGUUGUGUAAAAAAACAAACAAAACAAAAACACAACACAACUAGACUUGACUGCUCCUAGGAGCAGCACGUAACCAGUGACCACUAUAAAGCUAACUGCCCUCCUGAAGGGAUGUGAAACACUGACCAUUUUCAGACAAGCGUCUAAAACUCACAUUCUUAGCCUAAACUAAUAUUUUUCUUUAUUGCCCUUUUGCUACCUAAGGUGUCUGCGCCAGUUGCAAAGCUCCUCUGGCAGCUCAGGUGGUUAACAGGCAAGUCUCGCCUUGUCUUGAAAUGAAAAUGAUUUAUAUCAUGUAAAUAAUACAUUUCGAGCUCUGCACUUUCUCCAUUCCCCCUUAAAGAGAGAUGAUAUGUGUGUGUGUGUGUGUGUGUGUGAGCGAGCUAGCUUUGUUCCUUGACCACUGAUGAAACCUUGCCAUCAACAAUGCUGCCAUUGGCUGAACCUCUAGGAGAUGUAAAGGCUAUGGGAAUAGCAAAGCUCCACUGAGUGAAGUCUGCUCAGAUGGCACAUCAUCCAGUAACUGUUCUCCUUACAUUUUGUGAAGAAGAAGAAGAAGAAGAAAAAAGCCAGCACUAUCAUCCUUGGCUGGUCUUGGGAGUAGCACAUAAAUAGUGACUGCUAUAAUGAUUACUGAACCUUUUUGAAGGGAAAUGAAACACUAACCACUUUCUGACAAGCUUCCAUAAAACACACACAUGCUUAGCCUAGACUAAUAUUUUUUUCUUUAUUACCCUUUCCUUACCCACGUUGUCUACACCAAGUUGCAAAGCUCUACUGGCAGCAAAGGUGUUUUAACAGACAUGUCUCACCUUGUCUUGAAAUAAAAGGAAGUGAUUUAUAUCAUGUAAAUACUACUUUUCAAGUGCUGCACUUUCUCCAUUCCCCCUUAGAGAGAGAGAAUGUGUGUGUGUGUGUGUGUAAGUGAGAGCGAGCUUUAGGGGAAAAAAAGUGUGUGUGGGGAGGGGGGGGGGGGGGCGCAAUGUCUCUCAUAUCUUUUUGUACAAUAUUUGGGACUGUAUUUUGCUUUUUUUAGUUUUCCUGAGGUAUGUAACAUGCAAUAAUCAAGCAAGACAUGUUGCAGUGGAACCCUCUACAAUACUGAAAAUUUAGCUCCAGCAGGAUUUAAUGAAGAAAACAAUCAUCAGGAAUAUCAUUAAUAUAGACUCUCUUGUGUGGACAUUAAAAGUUUGCUCUUAGUCUGCGCUGUUGAAUCUUUCACAGUUAAGGAGUAUUGUGUACUGCCCUUUUCUCCCCUUGCCUCCUUUCUUCCCUGGACAUUGUUUGACCAUUGUGAGACCAUUAUUAGUAUGUGUGCUGAGUAGGUGGAUUUUGAUCUAGAAUUUGUGAGUUGUAGAUAAUCUCUACUAUUGGGACCAGGAACUGUUAUUAUUUAAGCUCUUUCUUGAAGGUAGAGAAGACUCCAUAUUUUAUAUGUGCCCUCCAGCUCUGAAUAGACUUUAUGCACCUCAAUUUAGCAUCCCCAUGCAGGCCUUGCACAGGUGAAAACCAGCUGUGUCUGCGUACUAAAUACAAAAGCAGGGUGAUGGUUAACCCUCACUAUAUGGGAUGUUUGAGUGUGGCACUGCAGAUCAUAUAAGAAAUAAAAGGGAAAGUGGUUUAGAGGAAGCAUGUUAUAAGAUACUCUGGGCAAAGACUUACCAGCAAUAUAUAUGUUUGCAGAGUCUAUGUGCAUUUUUUCAUUUUCCAAUAGGCAUUCAUUUUAGAAAAUUUGCAGAAAAUCCAUGCAUAGGAUAAAAAUUAUAUUCCUAUGGCCAAUGUGUAAUUUGAUUUUGUAAAUAGACUAAUGUUUAGAGUUAAUUUUGAGUAGAUGUUUUUUUUUGCCUUGAAGUCUUAACAAAGUUUACAUACAGUAAAUUUUUAAAGUGAUAUCAUUGUCUUUUCUUUUUAGGAAAACUUGGUAUGUGUGUAUAAAUUUCUCUUCAGAAACCAUUGAACAGUUGGGUGGUUAAAAUGUAAAUGUUGGGGGAUUAUAGCUCCAUCUCAAAUUAAAUGCGAGUAAUAUGGUUUCACUGAUUGCUUAUCUGCUUCUGGUGUUGCCAUUUUAGUAAUAUAUGAUAACAUUCCAACUGCAAGUAACCUGAUCAGUGUAUACUUAUCAGGCUUUACCAUGAGCACACACAAACCUUUAACCCAUAAACUAUUAUAAAGAAAGCAAGCUUUGCAUAAGAUAAAUCUAAAAAAUAAAAAAAAACACAAAUCCUAUUUCUAUCUUCCUUACAUAUUAUUUUAUUUUAUGAUGUUUUUUUAUAACCUAUUCUUAUAUGGUCAUUGCUAGUGCAGAAUUCAUAUUGAUAUAGAAACUGUGCUGUGCUCUAAGUGGAUACACAGGAAAACGCAGUGUGUGAGAAUGGAGUUUUCAAGUAUUAAAAGCACAGUUAAAGAAAAUAUAAGGCAAUAGACACCGGGUGACCUGCACUCCCAGUUUUAGGAGAUGUACCUCUUUAUUGUAAAUGGAAAAAUUUAAAAUUGUGAUCUAAUAGAGAUAAGAAACAUCACCUCAGUAACUUCUAAAGUUAAUUAAUUUUGAUUUAUGCUAAAACUCUAGCUCUAUUAUUAUGGUCAUUCAAACUUUAUUUUUUAUAUCAAAUUCUGUUUGUAUUCUAAAGUUUUUAGAGUUGGAUGGAAAGAUUAUGAAAACCGUUUGAUCUACAGCUUUGUGCAGAUUUGGGUUUCUUUUGUUAUGGUGUACAGCAUUGUCCUUUAAAUAUUUCCUCUGAACCCCUCCAAAAGACCUUUUAUUUUAGGAUAUUUCAACUACUGUAUUCAUAUCUCUGAUAGUGAGGUAGAAGAUUAUUAACUUGGCUAUGUUAAUCGAAAGCUAUCUAAAAACCGUAACAUGAGGACAUGUUUGCAAAAAGUUUUAAGGCACUUUACUUCUUACAGGGAUUUUUAUUUUAACUGUCUGUAUCUGAAUGCUUGUUUCUAUACACUGCUGCAGGACAGUUAAAGUGAAAGCCUGGGAAAUAUUGUAUUGUGCCUACCUCCAUAAAUCUAGAGUUUUUAUCCAUCUGUAUUGACCUGCUGUCAUAUUCAAACAUUUGAGAGAGCUAAGUAUCCACUUUCAUUUAAAUACAGAGUCUUUGUUUUUUUCAGAUGUGUGGUUAAGAAAUAGGGAUAAGGAAAUUUCUUGUGAAUCUGUUUGUGUUUUUUGCCCCCUUCCCACCCCCCCCCCCCUCACACACACACACACACACACACAAACACACACUUAUAUUUUCUUCUUAAUAAUUUAUGAAAAUACCAAAAUAAUGACCCCAUUAAUUCAAAUGACAGAUUGGUGAGCAUCUGUAUUGUAUGUAUAUUUCCAUCAUGGAUCAAGAUUUCUUUUUUUUUUUCCCCAUUUCUUUAGCGGGCACAACUUGUGUAAUGGAAUACUCGCCUAUAUCUAGUUAAAAAAUGUUUUUAACAGUAAAUAUAAUCUAUGGCCUACUAAUUUAAGCCUGAAAUGGUUAUACACAAGUGCAUUAAAGCCAGCAUGUCAUUAUCCUUUAAAAA